UUUUCCCGCCAGCGGCGCGCGCGGGCCGUUACCGCGUCCGCGCGCUCCCGUGAGGCGAUGAGGAGGAGCCUGGCCCCCAGCCAGCUGGCCAAGAGGAAGGCGGGCGAUGAAGAUGAGGAAGAGGAGGAGGAGGAGUGGCAGCCCCCGACGAGCCGGAAGAGGCAGAAGGCAGGCGGUGAGACGGAGAGUGGAGAAUGCUACAGGUCGCCUUUCCGCAAACCCUUGGCUCAGCUGACCAACAGACCCCACUGCCUGGACAGCAGUCAGCACGAGGCUUUUAUCCGCAGUAUUUUGUCCAAACCCUUCAAAGUCCCCAUUCCAAAUUAUAAAGGGCCCCUGGGCUUGCGCUCACUGGGUGUCAAACGGGCAGGACUGAGGGGUCCUCUCCAUGACCCGUUUGAGGAAGGAGCUCUGGUUCUCUACGAGCCCCCAGUGCUCAGUGCCCAUGACCAGCUGAAAAUAGACAAGGACAAGGCACCUGUCCAUGUUGUGGUGGAUCCUGUCCUCAGCCGUGUUUUACGACCCCAUCAGAGAGAAGGGGUGAAGUUCCUCUGGGACUGUGUGACGAGCCGGCGGAUCCCCGGGAGCCACGGCUGUAUCAUGGCAGACGAAAUGGGGCUGGGCAAAACUCUGCAGUGCAUCACACUCAUGUGGACGCUUCUGCGGCAAAGCCCGGACUGCAAGCCCGAAAUCGAGAAAGCCGUGGUGGUGUCUCCCUCCAGCCUGGUGAGAAACUGGUACAAUGAAGUAGAGAAAUGGCUGGGGGGAAGGAUCCAGCCGCUGGCCAUUGAUGGAGGCUCCAAAGACGAGAUUGACCGUCAACUAGUUGGUUUUAUGAACCAGCGUGGCCUGCGAGUGCCUUCCCCCAUCCUGAUUAUCUCCUAUGAGACCUUCCGACUGCACGCCGAGGUGCUGCAGAAGGGCAGCGUUGGGCUGGUCAUAUGUGAUGAGGGCCACAGACUGAAAAACUCUGAAAACCAAACUUACCAGGCUCUCAACAGCUUGAACACACCUCGGCGGGUCCUUAUCUCGGGCACCCCUAUUCAGAAUGACCUGCUGGAGUAUUUCAGCCUGGUGCACUUUGUCAAUUCGGGCAUCCUGGGAACUGCACAGGAAUUUAAAAGACAUUUUGAAAUGCCCAUCUUGAAAGGAAGAGAUGCAGAUGCAAGUGAAGCUGAGCGACACAAGGGAGAAGAGAGGCUUAAAGAGCUAAUCAGUAUUGUGAACAGGUGUUUAAUUCGGAGAACUUCAGACAUCCUGUCCAAAUACCUGCCAGUGAAGAUUGAGCAGGUGGUCUGCUGCAGACUGACACCUCUGCAGACUGAGCUGUACAAGAACUUCCUGAAGCAAGCCAAACCAGUGGAGGAGCUGAAGGAGGGCAAAAUCAGUGUGUCAUCUCUCUCUUCCAUCACAUCCUUGAAGAAGCUCUGUAAUCAUCCUGCUCUUAUCUAUGAUAAGUGUGUGGAAGAGGAAGAAGGAUUUAUGGGAGCCCUGGGCUUGUUCCCUUCUGGCUACAGCACCAAAUCUGUGGAGCCACAGCUUUCAGGAAAGAUGCUGGUUUUGGAUUAUAUCCUUGCUGUUACCAAAAGCACCAGUAAUGACAAGGUGGUUUUAGUGUCUAACUACACUCAGACACUGGAUCUAUUUGAAAAGCUCUGCAGGAACAGAAGGUAUUUGUAUGUCCGGCUGGACGGCACCAUGUCCAUUAAAAAGAGAGCAAAGAUCGUGGAGCGGUUCAACAGCCCCUCGAGCCCUGAGUUCAUCUUCAUGUUAAGCAGCAAAGCAGGUGGCUGUGGUUUGAACCUGAUCGGGGCCAACAGGCUGGUGAUGUUUGACCCCGACUGGAACCCAGCCAACGACGAGCAGGCCAUGGCUCGCGUGUGGCGGGACGGCCAGAAGAAGAUGUGCUACAUCUACCGACUGCUCUCGACAGGGACCAUAGAGGAGAAGAUAUUCCAACGCCAGACCCACAAGAAGGCACUGAGCAGCUGUGUGGUGGAUGAAGAGCAGGAUGUGGAAAGGCAUUUCUCACUUGGGGAGCUGAAGGAGCUCUUCACGUUGAAUGAGACCACCACCAGUGACACCCAUGACAAAAAAGCUGUGCUGGCUGGACAAGUGAGCAAACAUCUUGUAGCUGCCUGUUUUGGAGACUGAAAUACUGCAGCUGAUGAAAGGAAAAAAAAUGGUCAGAGCUGUUCAAACUGAUGGAGCUUAAUUUGGUCCUUUCUUACUGCUCCCUUCCUGGUGAACAAAUGCUGAACUGCUUCCGUGCCAGGGUUUCUCCAUUGGCUAAAAAUUCAUGAAGUCAGCCCAAGUGCUGUUCUGGCAACUAAAAGAAUACUCUUCUCCAUUGUCUGCCCUUCUCCCCCAGCCCAGAGACCUGUGGUAUUACAGCCACCAGGGAGGACAGGGAGAGCAGGAAAAAUGCUUCAGUGUGAAAAUUAAGACUCUUAAUUCAGGCAGGAAGUGAAGAGGAUUAUUUUUAAGCUGUAUCAAAGCUUAGCUCAGUGUAGGUAUCCUUUCUGCAUGACAACAGCCCUUGCUGGCCUGGCUGCUUCUGCUCUUUGUCUCCUGAAGUGACAGCUCAGUGGGGCAUCUCCAAAACAGCGUGAGCACAACCUGGUGGCUGUGGUGGGAGCCAGGAUGGAGUGUUUUGGAGCAUGGUGUGCUCUUUGAAUUUCGGAGUCCUGAUGCAGUACUAAUAAGAUGUUAGCAGCAGUCAUUUGAGAUCUGCUUUAAGCAGCAUCCCACACCUUUCAAGAGAAACUCCUUCUGAACUUCCUCUGGGUCUUGCUGGACCAUUCCCAAAUGGUUAAACAUGAAGAGGAACUGCCAUUGGAAGCAGAAGCCCCAGGUUUCAAAAUGUGAGUCACUCCUUACCUGUCACACACACCAGAAGGUAGUUGUGUGUUUAAAUGAAAUGCAGUAGUAAUUGAGAAACCGAAAAUCCAACUCCAGGGGAGUUAACCCCGAUGUUACCGGGCUGCAGUUUUAAACAGCCCGGAGGCAGAAGCAGCGGAGGAGCCUUG